GUUCAGAUCUGGUUCGGCUGCAUGGCAGGUCACGAGCGGGGAUGUCGCAGUAGGGUCUCAAUUACAAGGUGAACUGAGGGUUAACGAGUCAAUUAUUUACGGAGAAGGAAGGCCACAGAUCUCCACUGUCCAAGAACACGAGAAGUAUAUUCGGGCCAACAUGAACCGGCUUAUGACACCCGUGUCCGAAUCACAAGAUCCGCAGUUCUUCUCCAGCAGCCAAGAUCUUCUGGAAAUGAGGGUUGAGGAUCUCAUUUCCCGUGACAGAAUCGAUGUUUGUUACAAUCGCGAGACGACAGCCAGGCGGAGACGGAUCGAAUGGCCUUCGGAAAACGAAGAUUUCUUCAAGACCUUCGAAAAGAUUUCUAUCACACCCUCGCCUAUUGGUGAUGCUCAGAGGGAAGAAGCUUUGAAACUUUUGCAUGACGAGGUCUCAAAGUGCAAUGAAGAAAAUGGCAUCGACGUACACAUCUGGGAGAGAUACCCGGCGAAGAACGAUAAACACAUUCGGCAGUUGCUUAUGAGUCUAUACUAUCGUGCCCGAAUACAGUCAACCCUCUUGGAUAUAUUUGUGGUCCUCGUCCAGCGAUCAUUCAUCACGUUAGACAACCUUCGCACACCAAUCGAAUUGAAUACCACCAGCGAGGCUUGCUGCGAAGUCAAUCGACUAUUGUCGACAUUCCGAGCUAUCGAGAGGGAGAGAAACCUUGACCUUGGCCCCACAGAUAAGUUACCUUACGCGAUCUGGGAUUUUGAGUUCGUCUACGAGGCAGUGGACUGGCUGUCAGCGAUGAUUGUUCGCGGCUGCACAGACAUCCAAAGUCUAUUUGGAACCAUCGAGAUUUCAGGGUAUCUUGGAAAGGUUGAUGAAAAAGCUUGGGAAAGAAUGAAAAAAGCUGUAGGAAAAAUAUCUUUCGUUUGCAACAAAUCCGAACGUGCAGCUACUAGCCUCGGCCUGAGCAACUUCGGCUUUUGGCUGCCACACGGACUCGGGGAUGUAUCCGAGGAAAGCAUUCUUCAGUCUGUGGCUGAUUGCUUUUGCCGGUUCGAUCGCAUCGAGCGUGUCUUCAAGCGCUUUUUCAACAUUCCCGACGAUGAACUUGUCACGGCUGAGAAACAGGCUCAAUAUCUCGAUAAACACAGAGAAAGAUGUUCACCAGCGCUUAGAAAGUAUCUGGAGAAUGAGUUCUUAUACAGAAAAGCCUCGGGACGACAAGGUUGA